GUUUGGAUCCAAAGUCCACACACUGGCAACCGCUCCGCUGGACAGUGAGCCUCAGGCGACAGUGAGCAAGAUUCGGGUGGGGCUUUGGUUCUCACCACCCUCCCAAACUUGGGGACGCAGACCUAUUUAUCUCGGGGUCCCUUGGUCGAUCCCUCGGAGUCGGCCUCUCUCGGCCUGCGUGAAUCUCCGCGGUUCUCGCCCGGGUCGAGUUCAAAAGGACGCGCGGAGUGGCGCCGGCCCUUCCCCGGCAGCCGGUCCAACUGGAAAGAUCAUCCUCUCCCUCCAAGUAUCCCAGCUCAGACAGCAAUGGCCAGUCCUCUGACCACGCCUUCUCCAGGAGAAGAACUGAUGACCACCACAAUUCCACAGGCCACUAAGGGCCUGUCCCCAGAAGCUGGAGCCAGCACAGCACUCAUUGCAGUUGUUAUCACCGUGGUCUUCCUCACCCUGCUCUCAGUUGUGAUCUUCAUCUUCUUCUACCUGUACAAGAACAAAGGCAGCUACGUCACCUAUGAAUCUGCAGAAGGCGAUCCCAGUGCCAUCCUCCAGAUGGAGAAUGACUCAGCCAAGGGCAGAGAGAAGGAGGAAUAUUUCAUCUAACCAUUCCUGGGCCUCAGGAGCUUAUUCCUGGCUCUAACACUAACACAAUGACUGUUUAAUUUAUUAGGUGAAAGUUUUCUCUGAAGCCAGUAAGAAGCAUUGAUUGAUGUAGGGAAAUUCAAGCUCCUUCCUGGACACAGUCCCCACUGUCAGCAUCACUGACUCUGGGGGCUAGGGACAUGGAAGAAACCUGUUUGUGAUCUCUUUAAACAGGCCUUCAUAAUAAAGCUGUUAUUUCUAACUGGCCAACAAGACAGGGCUGUACCAGCAGACUUUGGAUUAUAGGGAUGGAAAAGAGAGUGAGGGUCACUGGCCACUCUACUCUGUCCCCUAGCUGGUCACCUAGUGAUAGGCUCAGUGCAGACAUUGCCCGUGGAAGUUCAUCCUGGAUAGCAUACUAAAAGGCCAGGCCAAAAGGGGUGGACUAUGGAGACCCUACUCCCUAUCACAUGUACUACGUUCCUCCCCAUCUGAGCCCUUCCUUUCCACAGCUCCCAACCUUAUACUCAUGUGAUUUUUAUCCGAAUUAAAAUUUUUCACUAAUGCAGAAAUCAGA